GCGCCCUGGCUCCUGCGGCUCUCGCUGGCCUCCCGUCCGGGGCGCGCCGCCCUCAGCUCGGUCUCCGCCCCCUGGACCUGCAGCCGGAGUCCCGGAGCGCGGCUUCCCCGGCCGGCGGCGCGAUGGGCUGCGGGAACUCCACCGCCGCGGGCGCGGGCGCGGGCCGAGGCCCUACAGGAUCAGCUAAAGAUGGAACAGAAGAAUCGAUAACAGAAGAUGACAAGAGGAGAAAUUAUGGAGGAGUCUAUGUUGGCCUGCCAUCUGAAGCUGUCAGCAUGGUGUCCAGUCAAACAAAGACGGUGCGGAAAAAUUAGAAGAAAAUAGCAUCACAACUCAAUAAUCAAGAGACCAAGAGCUCUCGGAUCAAUUUGGAAGGAAUUUGGCCCCAGGGGGACACUGUCAUGUGCGCAGACAUUUGCCAGGAAGUUCUAAACAGUUGCCCUUCCCUCUGCUGCCCCUCAGAAUCUCAAGUGUGUAUUUACAGCCUUGGGUACAUGUUGAAUGCUGUGGUCACAGAAGGGAAUUUGUUAGGCGGUACACUUGGGGAUGGAACUUUCUGUGGUCUGCUUAUGAAAGACAAGUUAGCAAGCUGUCGUCAAGGUUGUUGUCACCCAGCCUGGGCUGCUGGGCUCUGCUGUACCAUUUGAACCCCUGGCCGUUCAACACUGUUCGUGGAAAUCAUGUCUUUUCACUGAUACUUUUUUGAUAGUUUUUAUAUAUAACAAAAUCCUUAUUCUAUUUAUACCUUAAGAUAAUAAGGCAUUAUAAAUGAAUUACCUAAAAUAAUAUAUUUGUCUAUUAUCGUCCACUCUUUCUACUUCCCAUUAACUUUUAGCUGUGAAUUUGGUGAAUGGAUUCCUGCGCCUAUCUCUUUCCCUUUUCUACCGUUUGGUUUUCAAACUUUACUGAAACCUAAGAGAAUUUCCUUUAGCAGGAACAAUACAUUUCAUUGCGAUAUUUAAAAAUAAACUUCUUAAAUGUGCAUGCCAUGUGCACAUUUUGAUUAAAUUCCCAUUUUCUUUAGUCGAAGGCAUGUAAUUACGAAUACUUCACAGCCACCGAGUCUCUCAUUCUACCUUUGUGUAAUCAUGGCAGCUCGUGUUAAUUGUAUACUGUUUUUGAGGACUUGUGAUUGAUGGCUCCUGAGAUAUCUGGGAAGUUCUUUUGGUAAUGAGGUGUGUAUCUACUUAGUACUGCAAUGUAAAUCACUCCGUUUACCAGUGUAUUUCAACAA